AUGGAUGCUAUGGACACACGGCCGUCUCCAAAUUUGGAAACACUGGUAUCGUUGUGGCCUGUGGCCAUUAGCCUGAGCCAACACCUUCCCGCAGGAGAUCUGAUCACUCUCUCGAGAUCGAGCGCCAGUCUUCGAGCACUCCUCCACGGAUUCGGGAAACCGCAGCACUGGAAUCUACCCGCCGACCCGACGGUUGUGCGCGGAGAACUGAAUAUCGGGAGACAUGGAACGCUCUACUGGCAGCAACUCAAGAAUCAAGCGCCAUUUGAAUGCUCAUCCCGAACCCACACCAAAGGCCCUACCCCUAAGCCUUGCCGGUAUUGCUCGAAGCCAAUAUGUGACGCGUGCAUCGUGCGGUCAUCGUUCGCUCGAGGUCACGAAAACACUUUCCAAAACCGGACGCGAUCUCUGUGCGAGAAGUGCUGGGAGGGAGGCAAUCCGAGCCAAAGUGAACGCUUCUUGCUAAACCCUCCGCAUGACGCUCCGUCCAAGCGGAAAUGGUAUGAUCCAGAUGGCAGUACCAAGGAUUACUGUACUUGUACUCUAAAGGACGACGGCUGGCUUUGUCUCGAAUGCAAAGAUCUUCAGAAUUGGGAAGCCAUGUCCUCCGCCGUCACAGUCUGUCACGGAAAGGACUGCAGGGAGCCACUGGAUGAUGAAAAAGAACGAAGGAGAAUUUGUCUAUGGUGCAACAAGGCCCUGCCCAGACAGAUAGGUGGCACUACAAGGUAUCACUGGAACCAGAAGAUGAUCGAGGCCAAGGCGCGGAAUGCUGCUUCUCGCCAAGCAGAUCUAGAGGAAUAUAACAGGAGACGCCUGAAGCUGACGAGGAUGUCUCGGAGGGAGUUGCGCGGCGACGAAGCGGUCAAAGACGAUCCAGAUGCCGACGUCCCUCAGUUCGUCCGACAUCUCGACACCCUCAAUUACCGCAGUUACAUGACCGAAGCCGCCGCUCCAAGUGGUGACUCAGUCUAUAACUCGAAAAGAGGCUAUUGGAGGUAUAGCACGAAUUUCCUUCUUGAAAUGAGAAGUCGCUGCACUCACGUUCCUGUGCCGGCGAAGAUGAGGGCAUUUACGCCAGAAGAUCAAGGAGCUCUGACCUUUGCACGGACAAAUGGCGAGUUUCUAGACGGCUUGAUUUCCUUUUCGACCAGCGGCUUGUCCAUGUCCCCUGAUCGUGUUGAGGAGUGGUGGACUUUGAAGGCUGUGAUCUUGGAAGUCUUGCUUGUGCAAAAGCUCGGCUACGAAGCAGCUCAACGGGUUAUGCAAGAAGAGUACGGGUUUUAUGCGACAGUGAAAGAGUAUCGACAGCUCUUACGUCUCUGGUAUGCUCAACGCACAAUCACACAGCACCGAAGGAGAUCCAUUGAAGAAGAAGGGGAUAGUGCAAAGCUUGUGGAGACUCUUCGCGACAGGGACAGCGAGCCAGUCAGGGAACCCAUCAUUGUUGCCAGUGGUCCCAUUGUUGUCAAUGGUCCAGCAACAACAGAAGACCUCCACGACUCUCAACGUCAUCUAUCAACCGGUGGCACAUCAAUCCCCCUACAGAGAGCCCUGAGUGCUGGUACUGAUGUUCCUUCUGAUCAUGGAGGAGCAGGAACCGACACACUCGGGGACUUAGUGCACAGUGGAGGACCCGAGGCGAGUGAACCAGGAGCUGCCGUCGCCACGAUCUCGUCCGAAGCACCCCCUCUCGCCGAAGAUCCAAUUGAGUCGAUCCUCCCUCCUCUUCCUCCUCCUAUUUCGGACAGUGAGCUUCCAACCCUCGAGGUGACAAACCAGACACAGAACACGGUCGCCCAAGACGACGAAAACCCGCCCCCAUAUGCACCGGAUGGAUGGAUUUGGCCUUGA